GUCAUGUGUGUGGUGUGUGGUUGGCAGAUAGAGUGGCCACAGCAGAAAAAGGAAACAUUUGUAUGAAAUAAAGGAACUCCCACAUAGACGACGAAACAAUAUCUAGUAUUAAAAAUAUUAUUUACGUACAAUGAUGUUUAUGUACGAGUAAAAUUAAAAUAUUAAAAAAACGUAAUGUACAAAUAAAUCAGCAUCAUUUUCAUUUUAGCUUGUUGAUUCAAGAAAGAUAAUAAAUGGGAAUUGUCUGCAGUCUGCGCAAAGGACCACGUUUUGAGCCCUCAACACGGCUAGUUUUUUUGCGCAUCGUACUUGAUUAUUUCCGAGUGUAGUAUAGUAUUCCGCCGUACAAAUAAAUGACACGCAAUAGAACCAAUAAAAAACGAUGCGCAGUUUUUAUAAAUCGAGUGAUUGCAUAGACGAAAACUGAACAGUAAAUCUGUAAUGUGGUUUGUAAUAGCCGAGAAGUUUCAUAACAGUGCGGGAACUGCAGGAUAUUAGUAAAAUUGAAUGUUUUGAUGUCAUGCAGAGGCAUGACUUCCAUGCCCUGCGAUACGGAAGGGCGUGCGGUGCAGAUUACGUUUACUAUGAAUGAUUUUAUCUCUUUCUAAACUCUAGUGUCUGUGAAUGACCGAGUGAAAUAGCGUACCAAAUUAUGGAUUGAAUAGUGUUGUUGAUGUAUUUUGUUAUUUUCAUAACGUAACGCGAUUAGGAUAAAAUUAUUGUUAUCGUGGCCGCGAGGAAUCAGUGUGGCGAGUGACUCGGCGCCUCGGAGCCGCAUAUACGGAACUGCGUCGGUUCGCAAAUCGGGCGUUAGAUUUAUCGUCUGGCGCGUUACUAUUUACGCACUUUUCGAAAAAGAUAGUACGUAUUUUUAGUCGCCGCGCGUGUUUCACGUGAACCGUCGGGAGCGUCUCGUCAGGUCGGGUGACCGCGAUUGCGGAAUUCGUAAACAACCUCAAGGUCGGCGGGCAUGUGCCAGAGUCGCUAGGGCUGCGAUGUGGGCACGCUGACAUGUCUGCGGCGGGCGGGGGCGGCGCGGGCGCCGUGGUGCGCCAGGGGCACCUGCGGAAGCUGAAGACGAUGAAGAAGAAGUACUUCGUGCUGCGAGCGGAGAGUGCAGACUGCUCGGCGCGGCUGGAUUACUAUGAGUCUGAGAAGAAAUUUCGUGCUGGCGCGGCGCCUCGCCGAGUUUUACCUCUAAAGAGUUGUUAUAACAUUACGCGCCGCUUGGACCUUAAGCAGAAGCAUGUGAUAGCGCUAUUUACUCGUGAAGAACAGUUUUGUGUGGUGGCAGAGAACGAACAGGAGCUGCAUGGCUGGUUGACUGCCAUUUUGCGACAACACUCCUCCGAUGAGCACAGCGAUGAACUCCUACAUCCUAUCCAACACGUUUGGCAAGUAAACGUACAAAAGAAAGGACUGGGAGCAUCCAAGAACAUCCAAGGGCUGUACAACCUGUGCUUGACGGACAAGACGCUGACACUUGUCAAGAUCAAGAGCCAUAACAACGUUAUCAGUGACCUUGGCAUCCCGGAGAAGAUCGAGUACUCCUUAAAGAAUAUUAGAAGAUGCGGCGACUCGGAGUGCUUCUUCUACAUGGAGGUGGGCCGGCAGACGGCGACGGGCGACGGCGAGCUGUGGAUGCACACGGACGACUCCAACAUCGCGCAGAGCAUGCACUCUACCAUCUACCAUGCCAUGCGCAACUGUGCGAAAGAGACAGAGAACGAGAGGGAUCAUAUCACGAUGCCGAAAUCAGACGAUGAGCACCCUCGUCCUCGACGGCAAACGGUCUCCGAAGGCCAGAGGCCUAGAGCCGGCCUCUCCAACGAAAAGGGCCUCUGCGUUGGCUCAUGCAUUAGACAAUGCGUGUGUUCAACCAACACUUACUCCAUAGAUGACUCGGCGGCCGCCAUUGCGCCUCUCACGACCAACGCCGAAAACCAACCACCGAAUAACUCACUAAUUAACGAUAAACCCGACCAUCCUCGACUCAUAAAACAUCAUCGAACCGUUUCACUCCCGACCGGGUGCCCGCUCUUUCAAGAACCGCUCAAGAUAGUCCACGAGCGGACGAGAUCAGCACCUCUAACUGGGGACGAAGUAGAUAGAGUGACUAUUGAGCGAGCUCAGCGGCAUUCUUCAUGCAAAGCCGUCAAUGGAACUGAGACAACGUCGAAGAAAACGCAGUGGAGCCGGCGCGCUAGUACGGGAGCGCGGCUGUCUAAACUCUCGCCCGCUCAUACAAAGAACGCUGCCGGUCCUUUUAGGAAUCGUUGCGAUAGUAUGCCUUCAAAGGCGUUUAAGUCUUUGGAGGUCGAAAGGCCACCUACACGGCAUUCGGAGCUUAUUGAAGGCCUGAGCGCGUCGCACGACGAGGCGGACGCGGCGGAGUGGCACAGCACGCCGCGGAUCCCGGAGGAGCCCGACUACUGCGAGAUGGGACCCCGGGAUAGGUUUGGUAAAUUGGGUCGCGAACCAGCGAGCCACUCCCGGACCUCUUCAAUAGCAGCCUCUGAGACGUCCCCAGAAAACCUCAACGAUGGCUACCUACCCAUGGCACCAGAAUACCCUGCGGCGACUGAUGGCUACCUUCCCAUGGCGCCAUUAGAUCAUGGCUUGGUAUCCGCUUCUAGUGGCUCUGUCUGCAGCGGGACGCCUUCGACAGACCCUCGGUUUAGCGAAUACCAGCUGGAACCGGCCAUGUCGCACAUAGUCGACGCGGACGAGCGGCCGCCGCGCGCCUACAGCGUGGGCUCGCGGCCCGCGCCGCCGCGCCCCGACGUCACCCGCCUGCGCGCCUACAGGUCUGUGCAGUGCACUAUACAUACUGGAACCGGCCAUGUCGCACAUAGUCGACGCGGACGAGCGGCCGCCGCGCGCCUACAGCGUGGGCUCGCGGCCCGCGCCGCCGCGCCCCGACGUCACCCGCCUGCGCGCCUACAGGUCUGUGCAGUGCACUAUACAUACUGGAACCGGCCAUGUCGCACAUAUGCACUAUACAUACUGGAACCGGCCAUGUCGCACAUAGUCGACGCGGACGAGCGGCCGCCGCGCGCCUACAGCGUGGGCUCGCGGCCCGCGCCGCCGCGCCCCGACGUCACCCGCCUGCGCGCCUACAGGUCUUCGACGCGGACGAGCGGCCGCCGCGCGCCUACAGCGUGGGCUCGCGGCCCGCGCCGCCGCGCCCCGACGUCACCCGCCUGCGCGCCUACAGGUCUGUGCAGUGCACUAUACAUACUGGAACCGGCCAUGUCGCACAUAGUCGACGCGGACGAGCGGCCGCCGCGCGCCUACAGCGUGGGCUCGCGGCCCGCGCCGCCGCGCCCCGACGUCACCCGCCUGCGCGCCUACAGCGUGGGCGCCCGCAACAACCGCGUGGUCCCCCUGCCGGCGCGGCAGGCGGGCGCGCGCGCGUCGUCGUCGGCGCCGCUGCUGCCGCGCGCGUCGGCCGACGACCUCAUGGAGCUGGACUUCUCGCACCCCGACCCCGCCGCCGCCAAGGUGAUAGUAUCUCGAACGCCGCCGGCGGCCGGCUUCAUGCACCCGCGGCCGUCGGCGCCGCGGCCGCACACGCGCGAGGAGGACAGCGCGGGCUACGUGGAGAUGCGGCCCGGGGCCCUGGGGCUCUCGCCGCCCCGCGUCGCCACCACGCCCGACGGCUACGUCGAGAUGAGCCUUGGCUCGAGCGCGGGCUACGUGGAGAUGCGGCCCGGGGCCCUGGGGCUCUCGCCGCCCCGCGUCGCCACCACGCCCGACGGCUACGUCGAGAUGAGCCUUGGCUCGAGCGCGGGCUACGUGGAGAUGCGGCCCGGGGCCCUGGGGCUCUCGCCGCCCCGCGUCGCCACCACGCCCGACGGCUACGUCGAGAUGAGCCUUGGCUCGAGCGCGGGCUACGUGGAGAUGCGGCCCGGGGCCCUGGGGCUCUCGCCGCCCCGCGUCGCCACCACGCCCGACGGCUACGUCGAGAUGAGCCUUGGCUCGAGCGCGGGCUACGUGGAGAUGCGGCCCGGGGCCCUGGGGCUCUCGCCGCCCCGCGUCGCCACCACGCCCGACGGCUACGUCGAGAUGAGCCUUGGCUCGAGCGCGGGCUACGUGGAGAUGCGGCCCGGGGCCCUGGGGCUCUCGCCGCCCCGCGUCGCCACCACGCCCGACGGCUACGUCGAGAUGAGCCUUGGCUCGAGCGCGGGCUACGUGGAGAUGCGGCCCGGGGCCCUGGGGCUCUCGCCGCCCCGCGUCGCCACCACGCCCGACGGCUACGUCGAGAUGAGCCUUGGCUCGAGCGCGGGCUACGUGGAGAUGCGGCCCGGGGCCCUGGGGCUCUCGCCGCCCCGCGUCGCCACCACGCCCGACGGCUACGUCGAGAUGAGCCUUGGCUCGAGCGCGGGCUACGUGGAGAUGCGGCCCGGGGCCCUGGGGCUCUCGCCGCCCCGCGUCGCCACCACGCCCGACGGCUACGUCGAGAUGAGCCUCGGCUCGAGCGCGGGCUACGUGGAGAUGCGGCCCGGGGCCCUGGGGCUCUCGCCGCCCCGCGUCGCCACCACGCCCGACGGCUACGUCGAGAUGAGCCUUGGCUCGAGCGCGGGCUACGUGGAGAUGCGGCCCGGGGCCCUGGGGCUCUCGCCGCCCCGCGUCGCCACCACGCCCGACGGCUACGUCGAGAUGAGCCUUGGCUCGAGCGCGGGCUACGUGGAGAUGCGGCCCGAGGCCCUGGGGCUCUCGCCGCCCCGCGUCGCCACCACGCCCGACGGCUACGUCGAGAUGAGCCUUGGCUCGAGCGCGGGCUACGUGGAGAUGCGGCCCGGGGCCCUGGGGCUCUCGCCGCCCCGCGUCGCCACCACGCCCGACGGCUACGUCGAGAUGAGCCUUGGCUCGAGAACGCCCCUCCGACCAGCGGUCCUCGCGUCCUCGCCACAAACCCGCUCCGUCUUAUCGGACACCCUCUUCCCUCUCACUCUGGAGUCGCCUCCGGAAAGCGUGGAACCGGAACCAGCGAGGCAACCGGCGAAACCGGAGCCUAAGCCGGAACCGGCCCCGGAGUUGCAUCACCCACUUACGACUUUAAGGGAGAUCUCCGAAGAGUGUCCGAGGAACCUGAGUUUAUCGGAAAUCCUCAUCCUUCUCACUCUGGUGGCGCCUCCGGAAAGCGCGGAGCUGGAACCAGCGAGGCAUCUCGCAAAACCGGAGCCUAAACUGGACCUGGCCCCGGAGUUGCAUCACCCGCUUAUGACCUUGAGGGAGAUCUCCAUGGAAAAGUCCCGAGCUAUCGUCGUCACCUUCGUACGUUGCUCUCAGCCGGCAAAGCAGUCGCGUGGACACAGAGAAGCAAGGCAACCCGACUAUUGUCAAGGGGGCGGGCCGGGGGCGGGCGCGGCCCCCGGCGCCGCGCUGCACUACGCCGCGCUCGACCUCGAGCAGCGCGCGCAGGCCGCGCCGCCCCCGCCCCGCACCUACACGCAGAUCGACUUCCUGCGCAGCGAGAAGCUCGCCGCCGACAACUAGCCCGCUCGCUCCUCCACCCGCCGCGUGCAAGAGAGCAGGAUGGCGGCAUCGACUGUCUAUCCCCCCCUGGUACGGAAUGGGACAGCGCGGCGCCUAUAAUAAACGAUGUGUGUGCUGUUAUAAGAGAAGCUC